AUGGCGAUCACCGAAGACCCUUUCACCGUUACGACCACUCCCAGGCCGACCACAAGCGAGAGCAUCUUGGGCUUAAGAGAACAAAUAUUUGCGAAUGCCGCAGUCCUGUUCCCGCAGCUAUGCCUGAACAGCCUCACAUACCACUCCACCGGCCUCGUGAAGCCCGCAGAAAUCUUCGAGAUCGUGAUCAUCGGCGGCGAUCACAAGCAAGCUCUCCUCCUCUUCGGCUCACCGCUAUCACGUUCCAUCGCUGCACGUGGUCCGCCAUGUGAGAGCGUCGAGCGGGCACUUGCGGGUCUACUGGAUGUCACCAGCGAAGCGCUCAGCUGGUACACCGAGACUCUUCUGGGCGAGCUGAAGCAUGGCGAAGCCUGCGCGGGAGGCGCUAUCGACUUUCACAUGGUGGAAGCCGGUUUUCACUUCUCUGCCGAAGAGCGCCUCGCGCACGGCGUCUAG